GUUUGAUCACCACUGUCCCUGGGUAGGCAACUGUGUGGGGAAAAGAAACUACAGAUUUUUUUAUAUGUUUAUUUUAUCUCUGUCUUUUCUGACAGUCUUUAUAUUUGCAUUCGUUAUCACCCACGUCAUUCUUCGUUCACAGCAGACAGGAUUUCUAAAUGCCCUUAAGGACAGUCCUGCAAGCGUGCUGGAGGCCGUGGUGUGCUUCUUCUCUGUCUGGUCUAUCGUUGGCCUCUCAGGUUUCCACACGUACUUGAUCAGCUCCAACCAGACUACGAAUGAAGAUAUUAAAGGCUCUUGGUCAAAUAAAAGAGGUAAAGAAAAUUACAAUCCCUACAGCUACGGAAAUAUCUUUACAAAUUGCUGUGUCGCCCUGUGUGGGCCCAUCUCUCCAAGUCUAAUUGACAGAAGAGGGUACAUCCAACCCGACACCCCGCAGCCAGCACCACCCUCCAACGGCAUCACCAUGUACGGGGCCACACAGUCGCAGAGUGACAUGUGCGACCAAGACCAGUGCAUUCAGAGCACCAAAUUCGUUUUGCAGGCCGCAGCCACGCCCCUGCUGCAGAGCGAGCCCAGCCUCACCAGCGACGAGCUGCACCUGCCCGGGAAGCCCGGCCUGGGCACGCCCUGUGCCAGCCUGACGAUGGGCCCGCCCACGCCCCCCUCGUCCAUGCCCAACCUGGCCACCGAGGCCACGCUCGCGGACGUGAUGCCCCGGAAAGACGAGCACAUGGGCCACCAGUUCCUGACCCCGGAUGAGGCGCCGUCGCCCCCCAGGCUGCUGGCGGCGGGCAGCCCCUUGGCACACAGCCGCACCAUGCACGUGCUGGGCCUGGCCAGCCAGGAUUCCCUGCACGAGGACUCCGUGCGUGGCCUGGUGAAGCUCAGCUCCGUGUGACCCGCGUGGACCCCCGGCCUGGGGUCCACAGGGCCCUUCUGCAGGCGGCGGAAGACAGCAGAGGGGGGUGCCCGGCAGCGACUUGCUCCCCAUCGAGUGCAAGGGUGCAGACGACAGCCGCAGGCCUGGGGUGCAAAGACCACUAGGGAUGGGUGGAUCUCUGUCAGAAGGCAGAGGGUAGCCGGACCUGGGUGCUCAGAGCUUGGUUUUAUUUGAAUGUUCUUCCCCACCGUGAGCGCUCUGACAAAAAUGAAAACAGAAGAAGCCGCUUUCAUAUUUGGAACCUGAAGGGGGGGCCAAGGAGGGGAGGGUCUCCGGGGGUCAGAAUCAGAGUCUGGGAAGAACAGAUUUGCCUGGGUGCUCUGCUGUCCGUCUGCCCCUCCUGUGACAGACACACAGAAGGUUUCUGACGCUUGUGGCCAGACUGGAAUUGCACUUGUGUUAUGCUACUAAUAAUUGAAAUAGACAUGCCAUUCCAUUUGUUAAUUAAAAAACAAAAUCCUAAAGGGAAAAAAACGACCAGAUGUGGAUUUGCAUGCCACGCUGCCAUCUGUGAUCUCCAAGGAAGUGCUGCUUUCUUUCUCUUUUCUUUCUUUCUUUUUUUUAUUUUGUAACUUUUCAAGUGCUGUUUUGUUGGAAGACAGUACAACAAACUGAAACUGAUGGACAAUGUCAUCUCUCGUCAGCCUAUCUGGCUUGGGUAUACAGAGAGGUGGCCCUGGGCUGCAGAGGGCGGCUGGGGUUCCAUCGUGCCUGGUGUCAUUUUCCGUCUGCUGGCAGUGAGCUGAGUGAGGUGUUGUGUUGUGCCACCCACCACAGUCUACACCUCCUUAUGUGAUGAAACUUCCCGUGGACAGCCAAUAAAAUGACGUCCUCUGUUAUGCUG